CCCACCUCUAGCCGGCUGGCCACUGGCCAGACAAGGACAGCUAUAGUACCUGAUUCUCAAGCAGCUGUUUAGCGGUUGUUUUCCUGCUUUCAUAAUAAUAAUUAUUAGAAAAUAUAGCGAAAAAUGCAAAGUACACGAAGCCAUCGACUGUUGCUGUCCCUCACCCGCCGAUUCCUGACCAACCGGACAGCAGGGCAAGCGUCGCCGCCGCCGCUAUGGGCGAGAGGAGCAGCAAAUGCUGCCACAGAGGAGCACACCACGCACUUUGGCUUUCAAACGGUUAGGGAAAGCGAAAAAGAGCAAAAAGUGCACCAGGUGUUUGAACAGGUGGCCCAGUCCUAUGACAUGAUGAACGAUGCCUUGUCCCUGGGCAUACAUCGCGUCUGGAAAGAUAUAUUUGUGGAACGCCUUGGUCCUGUGCAUGGCAUGCGGCUGCUAGACAUGGCCGGUGGCACUGGUGACAUUACCUUUCGUUAUCUACGCUACCUGGCCAAUCAACCGAAUCCCAAGCAGCGCCUAAGCCAUGUCACCGUCUCGGACAUCAAUCAGCAUAUGCUGGAUGUGGGCGAGGAGCGUGCCAAAAGACUGGGACUCACGGCGGAUAAGUUGCCCAAUUCCACCAUUGCCUGGAAGUGUGCCGAUGCCGAGAAGUUGCCCUUUGAAAGUGAUAGCUACACGGCCUAUACCAUUGCCUUUGGCGUAAGGAAUGUCACAAGGGUGGAUAAGGUCCUGGCCGAGGCCUAUCGCGUGCUACAGCCAGGCGGUAGAUUCAUGUGCCUGGAGUUUAGCCAUUUAACCAACGAGACAAUGCAAUGGCUGUACGAUCAGUACUCCUUCCAGCUAAUACCACCCAUGGGCCAACUGUUAGCCGGCCAGUGGCAGGCCUAUCAGUAUCUGGUGGAGAGCAUUCGGCGGUUUCCCAAGCAAGAGCAGUUCAAGCAAAUGAUCCAGGAGGCGGGCUUUGAGCAGGUUUCAUACGAGAACCUCACCUUUGGCAUGGUCAGCAUACACUCUGGCUUCAAGUUGUAAUGGAAACCAGUAUGGUUUUUGGUUGUGGAAUUGAUAUAUUAACCAUGCUGCGCACGUCUUUGGCCGGGAGCAGCUCAUAAAGCAUCGAGUUGAACAAGUA